CCGCGCCGUGCACGUGUGGGCUGCGUCUCUUUAUUGGAGGUGCACGUUGCUGGUGUGGAAAUAUCAUUCAGUCAUUAUUGACUGAAAAAUCAAACGGGCGCAAUAUAUAAGAUCGAUAAGCUUGUACGCCGUGAUUCACGCUGAUCUCUGUAAAACGAUUUCUUCGCCCGCAACCGCGUCAAGCUUGUUGUCAUAUCUGGAAACCGCGACCUCGAGUGGCUUAUUGCUGACGUAAUAUCGAUUAUUUGAAUGUUUCACUUUGGAGAAGGGGGGGAAAAAAUUCACUUGGAGUCGCACAGUGCGCACUUUUCCCUCUCCCACUGUCUCUCCGUCUGUACCCAUCCAUUCUCCAUGCUCCGCUUUUUCUCCUGCAACCAUGCUUGAUCUUCUUCGAACCGUGGGAUAGAAGGAGUUUUUUCCUUAUUCUUAUUUCCUCUAUCCAGACGUUUAUCCGCCGGAUUUUAUGUUAUUUUUCUUUUUUCACCCCCAGUCCAGCCCCCUCGUCGUGGCUGCUGCUGCUGCUGGAGAGAAUCGAGAGAACCUACCACAGGUGAAAGGAGCUUUUACGACGCUGCGGUACAGAUGAUUGAAACACUUUGAGACUAAACUCAGCGCAAUCUGAAGGCGCUGCGUUUAUUCACCUUUUUUCCGAGAUAAGAGGGAGAUUUCUUGUGACCAACUUAUAUUUCCGAAUACACAAAAACUGCCUUAUUUCCCAGCUGGGAUUUUUUUUUUUUCCUAAGGAAGAUGUGACCUUUCUCUUUUGCGCACCGGCGACCAACCCCCCGACUUUACCCGAGGAGCGCAAUCGCUGCUUUUUCUAUCACUCACUCAAUCUUGACAUGCCUUUUUUGUGGAAUUACAAGCGGAGACAGGCGCACUGAAAGAGGCCGAGGUGGAUUGUGAAAUCGCUAUCUUUGCGUGUGUGUGUGUGUGUGUGUUUUUCUCUCCGUGAAAAGGGAAGCGCUCUGUUUCUUCAAUGGCUUCAGUGUCGAGGUCGGCGAGACGCAGGGAUGCCGGUCGCUGGCCAAGGAUGUCAUCAACUUUCUGGGCUGUGGUGCUUCUCACAGCGCUGCUGGUUCUCUACUGCGGCCAGCUGGCAGCGGGGACGUGUGAGAUUGUGACGCUGGACAGGGACAGCAGCCAACCACGGCGGACCAUCGCCAGGCAGACGGCCCGCUGCGCCUGUAAGAAGGGCCAGAUCGCCGGAACUACAAGAGCCAGACCCGCCUGCGUGGACGCGGGCAUCGUUCGGAAAAAGCAGUGGUGCGAGAUGGUGCCAUGUUUGGAGGACGAGGGUUGCGACCUGUUAGUCAAUAAAUCCGGCUGGACUUGUACACAACCCGGAGGCCGAGUCAAAACCACCACGGCUCUAUGACGCGACAAGGGUCCCCCUCGACACUCUUGCACUUUGGAGAGCAUUGAUGACCCCUUGACAGACAGCCAAAAUCCAUCUACCAACAACACAGAUACCACCACCACCACCACCACCACCACCACCACCAAAACCAUCACAACAGCUCCACCCACACCCCGGUAUCCGCAAAGGCAGGAAGCAACACAAGCAGCUAAAGAGCACCAAGGGCCUCAUGGAGGCAGCAAGGUCUCGUAACACAGCCGCGGAAGGGCAAGCCGGGGAGUGGCUGUUUUCGAGGGCGCGCACUUUCCCCCCCCGGACACCGGACGAGCUCUUUGUUUCCCGGCCCCUCCGAGUUUCCGACCGCCCUCCCCCCCACCCACCCCUCCUCUCUGCUAUCCGUCGUCGGGUCAACAUGUUGCGUCCGCCUCCUCUCCACUGUAUCUGCCUGCUCGGUGAAAUUAGCAGCACCUGCUCAUGCCACGGAGGUUCGGACACCGUCAAAAAACCCCAUGAAUGGUUUUCUCUUCUCAUCGGAAGUCCGCCGUCUGCAGCCGCUCACUGCAUUAAACAAGGGAUUACCCACAUCUCUCUCUCCUAGACUCUAGUGCGGGAGCUCCAGGGCAUAGACGGGGAUCAUUACAGACCACACCCUGUUGCUUCCUCGGACCGUCUCGCGAGGCCGCGAAAAAAAAAACUGAGCGCUCUCUGCUGUGAAUAGGCCUUCUGCUGGAGUGAACCUCCCAUAUUUUUAUAGACCAAAGAACAAUACAACAAAUACGAUCAUUGUGACCGAGAGGACCAUCUGGCAAAGGCGAAAGAGCCUUUGCGAACAUGCUUCGUGUGUCGCCACCGACCGACGACCUACUGCCCCCACCCCCCACCCCCCUCCACAGAGACACAAAGCGAACCUUUGCGACCGGUGGCGUACGUACGCAAUCAAAGGAGUACUUUUAAAACUUUCCAGACACUUUUUUUCUCAGACUAAGCCCACCACUGUAUUUUGGAACUGAAGAUAUAGGUACUACAUACGUAUAACUGUGUAUCAAACAAACAAAAAAAAAAAACAAAAAAAAAAAUGAAAUAUCUGAUUUGCAUUUUUCAGUAGCUACGGUUGGGACCGCUUGCGGGAAGAGUUGCCGGGUUUGGUCAUGGAACGCACAUCAUAUCAGAGGAGUGAUAAAUAUCUACAGAGAGUAUACAUGCCGUUGAGUCUGAAAAGAGUGAAGAAAUGUCAUUAAAUGUAUUUUGAAAGGCCCUAAAAAGUUAUAUAUUUAACAGUUUUAUAUGUUGUACCUUUGUAGAGAAGCUUAUCGGACUUAAAAUGUGGUCACAAUGGCAGUUUAGUAGGGUGUGAACAAAACGCUGUUGUUCUCAUUACUGCUGGCUCGUAGUCCCAGGUUUUCUGUUCACAACUCAGUAGCCGCUUUCUUUUCAUGGUCAUCUCCAAGUCACUGUCUACCAGAACCAUUAAUGGAUAUAAAAAAAAAAAAAAAAAGAAAGAAAAAAAAGUGGAAAGUGACACAAUUUAUUGAGGACUGAUCUGCAGCCAACUGAACAUUGUAAAUCUAUGGUAGUCAGUGGAAGCCAUUGAAACCUGCUAAUUUGCUAUGAUAUUGUAUUGUACACGGUGUGGAAUACUGACUCGUUUCCCUCUCUA